AUGAUGGGACUGCGUUCCCAGCCACAAUCACAUCCGCAGCAGCAUCAGCAGUAUCAGCGUUACCAGCCACAGUUGUCGCCACUAUCACCAAUGCUGCGUCAGCCACCACCGCCCGCAUACACGGCAGACUCUUCGUUUGUGAUCACUUCCGAAAAGGCGCGCCCUUUAUCGGCGCGUGCUUACAGCAAGCAAGGCGAUGCAUACUCAAUCAGCUGGCCGUAUGCCAGCACCGACGGCCAUACCGAUCACGAAGAUUUAGCGGCAACAUCGAUGUCCGGGCUAGAGCUGGGGUCAGGAUCCGGCUCCUCCGCGCUGCCAACAGUGGCAAUGGGUCCCAGUAACAGCAAUUCCUUCAAGGUGAUCACAUCAACGAUGUACGCCGAGGCAAACAGCAGCAGUCACAACUCAGCACAACAGCCGAUUGUCGACGAGCAGACAGCCUACCAAUACGCCAUGCGCUAUGCGAUACUGCUGGAUGCCGAGAAAAUGCAGACAGAGGCACGAGCGCCGCGCGGUGCUCGCGAAUCAAACGAGUUGCGCGAGCAAUGUUUUAGCCGCUCAGGCUCUGAGAGCAGCGUUGGCGGCGUCUUUGUUGUCAAGUCGGGCAAAGAGAAGGAAAAGGAAAAGAGCAAGGGCAAGGGCUGGCGAUCCAGUUUGUUGGUGCUAGGAGACAGCGCCGCACGGAGACUCAAGGCGGAGAUUAGCGGCGCCGGCAAGCUCAAGGAUCUCACAAAGGGGAGGCUCAGCAGUGGUGGCAGCGACUCGCCAUCCCAACCUUACUCGGAAAAGAAUUCGGUAUCUGUAAAUGAUGGCCGGCUGACGCCUGCUAUUAUAAAGGCGCUGGUGCAUCAGCUCAAAUCAGCCGCUAGCUCCCCAUCGAUUCACCCGUUCACAGGCGGCUGCUAUCUGAAGAUGUACGAGGAGCUGCGUGUCAAAGAGAACCUUGAGACCAUCGGCGAACAUGGCACACUCGACAACCUGAUGAGCAUGUUUUCAGACAAAGCCAAGGAGGUGUGUUGCCAGCAUGGCAUUGCGAGCAGCGACGACGUGUUGCGCACAGUUAAUAGUCAGAUAUCCCUGUUUGUCAAACUCUUGCGCUCUGUGUUGCAGUCAAAGGCACAUUCGUCGCGCGAAGCUGGGCUAGCGCUGCUCAAGCUCGACGAUUACCCCGACACUACGCUGGGUGCCAGGUCCUACUCGCGACACGAACUGCCAGCAUCAUCUACUUCGCAUGAGCGCGUCAGUUUUGAUGCACCGGCCAGUGAGCCCGAGGAUUUGGAAGGGCCGAUCUGCGCGUGGCUCAAGCAGGUAUUCCAUGUCUCUGACCACGACCACUACCAGUUUUUGACAGAGCUGAGAAGCGAGGUGACCCAUGUGACUGCUAUUCGGGACUUGCGAAUGUGCUUGCUGGUGCUCAAAAUGAACCAAAGCUUUGCUGGAAGGCCUGAGGACUUUAGAAACCAGCACACGUACAACAUCUGGAAGGAGCGCGAGAUUACUCUGCUUAAGCAACUGGUCCAUUCGUAUUCGACGCGGCACACGACUGUCUCUGGCGAGGAGGACAGUUCCAAUCUGGCGAAGCUGGACGCGAGCACGAUCGAGCUGGUCAAUAGCGAGGAAAUGGCGGCGAACUUUGGGUACAUUCCCGCACACGCGUCAGCCUGCUACCGGAUUAUUGUGCAAAUGGCCGUUGCGCACGACGUGGUUUCAAGCUACGAUACCGCCGACGCUCCGACGAAUGUCAGGCAGCUGUCCACCCAGGCCAAGGAGCUGCUCCAGCAGCUGGCAAUAGCCUGGCGGAUUGGCGCUUCGUUCCGCACAACCUGCUACCUUGACAUCAUCGACAGCUACUGCAAGCGCGGCGUUUUGCCAGAGACAUAUCUGAUAGACUCAUUUGGCAAGAUUGAGCGCAUAGUGCAUUUGAUGAACCCGCAGGAGUGGUCGAUAUCGCAGUACGACUAUCUGUUCAACACCGAGAGCCGGAUCGAGUUUCGCAUGCUGGGCGCUGUGCAGGACAUCAUUGAGGGGCUUGACCAGCAGCGGCCAGAGCUGAAUUCCCCAAUCAAGCGCAUCCUACGAGCGCUGCUCAUCAACGACGUCAGCAGCCCUAUUGUCUUGAAAAAACCAAUCCCUCAGGUUAGAGGACGGCGAGAAGAGGUAAAGUCGAUAUUGGAGUCGUCGAUCAUAUACCGUUGUGACUGCCUGACCGGUCAGUGUUUUGGUGAGGACGAGUUGUCGCUGGCGCCUAGCAUUGACGGGUAUGCGCGGCUGGCACAGCUAAUUCUAAAUGACCACGAGCGAUGCUACAAUAUAUUUGCCGAGCCCAUCCUUCAGGACGGCGACCGGCGGUUCGACAUUGCGGGGAUGUUGGCGGAGAUCGAGACGGAGUACUUUUGGACAAACCUCAGGCGGCAUAUCGACCAGUUUGGGUAUUCUGACAACAACAUCAAUAUCGAAGCGGCGUUCGAACUGUGCAAGCUUAUUAACAAAAUUGAGCGGCUGCACGUGCGGUACAGCUCGCGUCCGCUGGAUGGGGUCAGCAGCAAGCAGCUUUUCGAGGCGACCGUUGACACGUGGCUGCGCAGGAUUGAUGAACUGAAGGGCAAGUGGGUCGAGAAUGCGCUCCGGCUUGACAGCACACCGGCAGAGCUGGACAUUGGCAAGCACUCGACGUCGGUCAUCGACCUGGUCACUUGCUUCUCCCAGCACGCGGAUAUUUACCGGCGCCUGGAGUGGCCCGACGCCGAGACAAGAGGCUAUUUCUUGACGCACUUUAUGAAGUUUGUCUGCGUCAGUUUUGAGGUCUACGCCUCGAUGAUGCUCAGGGGGUUUGUGGACUGCCAGGUCUUGCCCAUAGAGGAAGACAGUCCCAAGGCGCCAGUUUGGACCAGCAUGUGGAACACUCACAAGUACAAGGAGCAGUCGCUCGGCGUGAACGCCUCCACACAGGCGGCCAUUUUGAAGCUGGAUCAGUCGCACUCAACGGAGGUCAGCGCCGAGGCGUGCAUCAAGCUGAAUAAUCUGGCAAUCGCGCUCAGCAGACUGCAAGAGAUGCAGGAGGGUCUUGGUGUGGAAGAGACAUUGCAGGCGCUGGGGGGCGAGAACAGGCCGUCGAUCAGCGGGACAAAGCCAAGCAAUAUGCUGAUGUCGUUCAGGGUCAUUCGCGCCAUGGGUCUUGACUUCCACAAGCGCCACUACAAUACCAGCGCGGGCACCGGCGCCAGGCCAUAUGUAAAGCUGUAUUUGACACGACAGGCUGACAGCGACGGUUCCAAGCGGAUUCAGAUUGGGAAGACCAGACCGGCCCCUGCGGGACCGAUCAACCCACGGUGGGACGAGUCAUUUGAUCUGGUGGUUGAUUCUAAUAAGGACUCGCGAGCGCUAGUGGAGGCGCGCAUCUGCACUCGGGACGGGCCGAAGACAAUGGGAUUCCGCGAGAAGACCCGCGCUCGUGUCUAUUUUGCGCCGCUGUCGGGUUCUGCACUCAAUGCCGGCGGGUCGGUGGACAUGGUGCUGGACCUAGAGCCUGCAGGCCACUUGAUGCUGCAGGUCACUAUGGAUGGCGAGUGUGAUGACGUAAACUUUUACAGCGGACGCAUGUUCCGCUUUCUGGAGCGCACGCUGUCGGACAUGCAGCAGCGGGUUGUCGAGCAGGUGUCGACGGGAAUUCGCGAGUACCUGCGCCAGAUCCUUGUUUCCCAGCCCACUCGCUACCGCGCUUCGCGCGUCCUAGGCCCCAGCUACGUGGGCAUCGAUCGCGGUAUUGAGCGCAGCAUCCAGUUCCUCAAGCGCAGCGGCCACAAGACGCCUGAAACGAUCCGAGUGACCCAAGAGAGCUGCUGCGAGGCGCUGAUUCCGCUGAUCGACUAUCUUGAGGAUAAUCUCCACACUCUUUUUGUCUACCUCUACGAAGACACAGCCAACGGCGUCAUCUGCAGAACCUGGGUUGAAGUGCUUAUCUCGAUCGAGGACAUCUUGCUUCCUCCGCUGCACGGCUCGUCCAAGGGCCAGGCUAAGCCGCUCAGUGAAACGUACCUAAGCAACAUCUACGAGUGCCUGGACUUCCUCAAGUGGUACUUUGGAGGUGGCGCCGACAAGGACGGCAUCCCGAUCGAGAUGCUUGAGGGACGCAAGUACGCGGAGCUGAUGAUGGUGCAGAGGAUGUACUUUAUGACAUCAAGGAGCUGA